AUGACGUUCGUUACAAGUUCAGGUAACAUUGUUGAUAGGCAACCAUGGGGUAUACGUUACUUGAAACAAAUACUUCUCAAUCUUUUCAACAUCGUUUGUCUAUUUAUUCAAACACUCUUACCUUUAGACCUUUUUCGCCCGAAGACAUCUAGUCAGAGAAAUUCUUGGGAUGGAAGACCACCUCGACCACCUGGACGACGUUUUGGUGGAUUUGGAGGCUGUGGAGGUGCUCCAAAUGCUCCACCAAUGGCCGGUGGAGGAUGA